AUGGCAGAGACGCGACAGAAGCUGCUGCGCACGGUCAAGAAGGAGGUGAAGCAGAUCAUGGAAGAGGCUGUCACCAGGAAGUUUGUACAUGAAGACAGCAGCCACAUCGUCUCAUUUUGUGCUGCGGUGGAGGCGUGCAUUCUCCAUGGGCUUAAGCGGCGAGCGGCGGGAUUCCUGCGUAGCAACAAGAUAGCAGCGCUCUUCAUGAAGGUGGGGAAGAGCUUCGCCCCGGCAGAGGAGCUGUGCAGAAAGGCUCAGGAGCUGGAACAGAAUACGGAGAGCAAACGGAACCAAAGUUUGCCCAACCAGGAUAGCUUACGGAUACUGUCCAGGCUGCCCAGCCUCAGCCCGCAGGUGGUCAGAAACCUUUGGAUCCGCACGGCCCUCAUCGAGAAGGUGCUGGACAAGAUCGUGCUCUACCUCGUGGAGAACAGCAGUAAAUUCUAUGAAAAAGAGGCUAUUCUGAUGGAUCCGGUGGACGGACCCAUUCUGGCCUCUUUGUUAGUGGGGCCCUGUGCCUUGGAGUACACAAAGAUGAAGACGGCGGACCACUUCUGGACAGACCCCUCGGCCGAUGAGCUGGUCCAGAGACACCGCAUCCACAGUGGCCACUGCAGACAGGACUCCCCCACAAAGAGGCCUGCUCUCUGUAUCCAGAAGAGGCAUUCCAGUAACAGCAUGGAGGAGCGGCCCUCACCUUCAGCGCGGGACUACGUGGAGUCCCUGCACCAGAACAACAGAGCCACCCUGCUGUUUGGAAAGAACAACGUGCUGGUGCAGCCGAGGGAUGACAUGGAGGCUAUUCCAGGAUACCUGUCUCUCCACCAGACCGCUCACAUCAUGACGCUGAAGUGGACGCCCAAUCAGCUGAUGAACGGCUCUGUGGGAGACCUGGACUAUGAGCACAGUGUGUACUGGGACUACGCUAUGACCAUACGUCUGGAGGAGAUUGUUUAUUUGCACUGUCAUCAGCAGGUGGACACCGGGGGCACGGUGGUGCUGGUGAGCCAGGACGGCAUCCAGAGACCCCCGCUGCGCUUCCCCAGAGGGGGGCACUUGCUCCAGUUCCUCUCCUGCCUGGAGAACGGCCUCCUGCCCCACGGCCAGCUCGACCCUCCGCUCUGGUCCCAGAGGGGAAAGGGGAAAGUGUUCCCUAAACUGAGAAACAGGUGUUCACAGGGAUCCUCGGACUCCGUGUCUGAUAAGGAGGAGGACGAGGCCACGGACUAUGUCUUCCGCAUCCUGUUCCCCAACAGCCAAUCAGAGUUUGUGGCCCCAGAGCUGAUGGACCAGGAGGCCAACAUCUGGCAGCCCACAACCAGGAAAUCCUCCUGCUCGUCCUGUACCCAGUGCAGCUUCUCAGACGGAGGGCCUCCCAAUGGGUGCAACCAUGAAAGAGCCCCUUUGAAGCUGCUGUGUGACCAAAUGAAGUAUCAGAUCAUCUCCCGGGCUUUCUAUGGCUGGCUGGCUUAUUGUCGUCACCUGUCCACCGUACGUACACACCUCUCGGCACUGGUCAACCACACUAUCGUGACGCCCGACGCGCCCGGCGAUGCCUUAGGGGGCCUCACUGCUGAGGUGUGGCAGAGGUUCCUUCAGGACUGCACCGCCUAUAAGGAGCAGGAGCUGUUGCGCCUGGUCUACUUUGGUGGUGUUGACCCUUCACUGCGUAAGGAGGUGUGGCCCUUCCUCCUGGGCCACUAUCAGUUUGGCAUGUCUGAGGCUGACAGGAAAGAGGUGGAUGAGCAGGUGCGGGCGUGCUACGAGCAGACCAUGAGCGAGUGGCUGGGCUGCGAGGCCAUUGUGCGGCAGCGGGAGAAGGAGCAGCAUGCUGCGGCACUGGCUAAAUGUUCGUCCAUCUCAGCCAGUGUGGAUAAUCCAAGCACUGUGCAGAGGAUGAUGCACCGUGACUCCAGCGUCAGCAAUGAGUCCUCCCAGAGCUGCAGCUCAGACAGACAGAGCCUGGCUCGCUUGCAGAGUGACUCUGACAGCAGUACCCAGGUGUUUGAGUCUGUGGAGGAAGUGGAACAGAUCGAGACAGAGCCCAAGAGCGAGGAGGCCAAGCCGGUUCCCAAGAUCCCCAAUGGAGGAGGCCUGCCCAACGUGGCCAGCUCCCCAGACUCGGGGCAUCCCUCCUCUCGCAACUUCUCUGUCACCUCGUGCAUGUCGGACCACUCUCUGAGCACAGAGGACAGCACUGUGCCUGACACCAACCCCAAAACCACCAUCAGUACUCCUCCACAGCUGGCCCCAGCCCAACAGAUCCCAGUCAAAGCCCAUCAGGAAGAGUUGGAAGCAGAUGACCCAAAUGUCCAACCCCUGGCCCUGCAGGAUGAGAAGGACCUCCAGGCCAAGGACGGGCCAGAUAAGGAGGAAAAAGAGAAGGAAGAGAGUGUGACUGAAGUGGCCCAAGAUACUGAGGACACCCAGACAGAAGAUCCAGAGGUAAAAAUGGGAAAAAAUCCAGAGACAGCGGAGGACAAGGCAGCAGACCCAGCUGAGCUAGAGAGCCUGAAAAUAGAAGAAGAGAAGACUUCCAUGACUCUAUCUAAUGAGAAAGAUGAGGUAAGGACCUCUGAAAAGGAAGACAGCAAGUUACCAAAAGCAGAAGUGGAUGCUGUAAAAGAAACAGUGGAGUCCAAAACAAGGGAGGCUAAAGAGCCUGAUGCAGAAGUGAUGAAAAUGUUGGAUGGAGAGCCAACCAUGCAAGUACACACAGAGGAGAUGCAGUCACUGGAACCUGGGGAGACAGGAGAAACAAAGGAGAACAAAGGACCAGAACCAGAGUCUGUAGAUCCAGAAGAGAAUAAGACAUCCCAAGCAAACCAUAGAGAGCCAAAAGGGGAGAAUACAUUGAUAUCAACGGUGACUGCAGAAGCAAUGGAAGACACAGCAUCAGAACUGGAUGAUGAAAGAACUUCAGACACAGGGUCUGGAGAAACAAAGAGUGCUGAAACAACGGAAGUAAAGGAAGCCAACGCAACAAAUGUAGAAAAGACAGAAACUGAGAAGGAAGUAGAAGCCAAUCAGACUUUUAAAUCUGAAGAGGUAGUUGAAACAAAGGUGUAUAAGACAGUUUCACCAGAAGAGGUUGCAGAGGCAAAAGUGGAGGAGAUAAAAAAAUCAGAGGAAGUGGGAAAAAGAGAGGAGGAGACCAUACUAUCUGAGGCCAAGCUGCCAGAGUCAAAGAAGAAUAAAAGCCCUGUUGCAGAGACCAGGGUGGGAAGAGCAAUGGAUAGCACCACCAAGCUCGAAGAGGCUCUGGCCACCACAGAAUCUGACGAGUCCCCUUCAGCCAUUGAGAUGGAGGAGAUUUCCUCAGCUAAAUUCUCCAUGGCCCUACCGUGGGACAGGAAGGGCCUGUGUGAAAGCUCCGGGGUCGGGGCUGCUCUCUCUGAGGGCUCAGUUCACCAUCUGGAGCUCCGUUUGGAGGAGAAGGAGAAGUGCAAGCCCAGCCCUGAGGGCACAGAGUCCAUCAUGUCUGAGGAGCCUGAGAUGGAGAGCCUCUUCCCUAAAUUUGAAUUCCUGACCGUGGGAGGAGAGCUGAAAAUCUCUCCAGUGCCAUCCAUCGGAACCACCUACUCUCAAGAGCUUUUGGACAUGUACACGAUCAACCUGCAUCGCAUUGAGAAGGAUGUCCAACGGUGUGACAGAAACUACUGGUACUUUACCCCUGCCAACCUGGAGAAACUGCGCAACAUCAUGUGCAGCUAUAUCUGGCAGCACCUGGAGAUUGGCUAUGUGCAGGGCAUGUGUGACCUGCUAGCUCCCCUCCUUGUCAUUAUGGAUGAUGAGGCCAUGGCCUUUAGCUGUUUCACUGAGCUCAUGAAGAGGAUGAAUCAGAACUUCCCCCACGGCGGGGCCAUGGAUACUCACUUUGCCAACAUGCGCUCUCUCAUCCAGAUACUGGAUUCGGAGAUCUUUGAGCUCAUGCACCAAAAUGGCGACUACACCCACUUCUACUUCUGCUACCGAUGGUUCCUUCUAGACUUAAAGCGUGAGCUGGUGUAUGACGAUGUGUUUGCGGUAUGGGAGACCAUCUGGGCAGCGAAGGACACCUCCUCUGGCCACUUUGUCCUCUUCAUCGCACUGGCACUAGUGGAGGUCUACCGGGACAUCAUUCUGGAGAACAACAUGGACUUCACCGACAUCAUAAAGUUUUUCAACGAAAUGGCUGAGCAUCACAACAUCAAGCAGAUCCUGACUCUGGCCCGGGACCUGGUGUGCAAGGUGCAGACUCUCAUUGAGAACAAGUGA